CCGCGUUCGUUUGUUCCUUUUGACUUUGCGUCUGCUCGCCCAUCCACCGGCGUUUUUUUCUCUCGCCCUGGCGCUAUCACUUUUCGUACUGUUUUCUCUAAUACGCUAUCAUCACCACCGAUCGACCGACAUCCGAGGUUGAUUACAAAAACGAUUAAAYAGUAAACUUACUAUUAUAAAAAUAGUACAAUAACCGCGAUUCUCAAACUCGUAAUUAUUACUUGAUAACGAUAUCCGGCCUAGGUGCCCGUCAACGUUUUAUCGGCGUAACGACUCUGUAUGUCACGUCACCGUCGUUUUAAAUACCUAAACAUAGUAAUAUUAUAACACCGGAACCACCACCGUCGAAAAUCAUACCCGACGCGAUAAGUGUCGGUAAAACCGCCGCAACUAGCAGCACGCGCGAUCCGAGACCACCGACAAAGGGCACGCCAGACUUCGAUUAUGGUCGUCAUUUUUAAACAAGAAUACGAAAAUCAAAGCAUGAGCAAUGAAUAUAGUUACUCCCGUGGAAGACCUCCUGCAGAAUCUAUUUCUCGAAUUGCAGAUUGGGACAUUAACGAUUCGAUAAUUCCAAGGGUAAGUAACUUUAACUUAUGGGAAGAAUGGGCUGACGGGCAUUGUCGCUUGGUAUACCCACCAAAUUGCGAAGAAGCAAAGAGGCAUGCUUCUGGAUGGGCAAUGAGAAACACCAACAAUCACAAUGUGCACAUAUUAAAGAAAUCAUGUUUGGGUGUUUUGCUAUGCUCAAGAAGGUGUGUACUUCCUUCAGGAGACACUGUUCACUUAAGACCAGCUAUAUGUGACAAGGCUCGAAAAAAGCAACAAGGUAAACCGUGCCCGAAUAGACAGUGUCAUGGACACUUAGAGAUUAUGCCCUGUAGAGGACACURUGGUUACCCUGUCACACAUUUUUGGAGGCAUACAGAUUAUGCAAUUUUUUUUCAAGCCAAAGGUGUGCACGACCAUCUGAGRCCUGAAGCCAAGUCUACUUCAGAAGCACGAAGAAGCUUUGGCACCAGCCGCAAGAUACGAAACUGCAUGAUCCUGACUCGUGAUGUUCCUUUCAAUAAUAAAGUAAGAUUGAAUAAYAAAUUACAUUUAGAAUUUGAAAUAUUAAACUUUCAAUAUUUGGCCGUGAUUGUGUACUCUGGCUGUUCGUGUCUUCCUUACUAUUGCGUUUGCAACAACAGCCGUCUGACUGCACCCGGUCCAGAACCCGCGACCACCAUCCUCCAGCAUCAGCAAUCAUCCUACCCCGCCCAACACCACCACCAUCAUCACCAUCAUCGUCACCACCACCACAACAACAACAAUAACAGCAGAAGUAGUAGCAGUAGUGAAGAUGACCAACUUCACCGCCAUCAAGAUUGGGCGAUGGCAGCUGAGCUGCAAAACUAUCAUGUACUGCAACAGCCCCCGUCCGGACCUCCCCCAUCAUUGGCCAUCGUUCAAAACAUGUCCRCCUCUGACUUUGGGUUCGUGGCCGGACCGCAACCUGCGUCGGCCGUCUACUGYCAUCCAAUGCAGCAGACAACCACCGUCACCGAUGACGAUGACGUGUUUCAGCUGCAGCGAAUUGACCAGCGGCCACCGGGACAGGACGCGGCAACCGCWUCUUCGGCUUACCACAAGUGUUCGCCGACGACCGUGUUGGACUUGGGCAGUGGCACAAUACACAAAAGCACGGGGCAGUGCAGCAGUGACAACGGCGGCGUCGGUUGGCAACACUACCAGCCAGUCGACUACCAUCACCCGGCCGCGGUGCACCAUCACCACGAUCACCAGCAGCAGCAGCAGCAACAGUGCUUCCCGUUACAGCAGAGCUGUGAUGGCGUCGCCUAUCACCAUCCCGGGCAGCAGCUGCAGUACGCCACCAUCAAGACCGAAGACGACCAGGAAUCGUUGGAUCUGAUGUACCCGAUGGCGGUACAAGACGUGGACUACUAUGCACAGCUGUCGUCCUGUUCGUCGUCGGCGGACGCGUCAUGCCUCAAGGCAGCGUCGGCGGCGGCAAGUAUGCAGAACGACGGGUCCAUGGACUUUAUCGGCGCCGACGCAACGAUGCCGUCCGACGUCUCCGCUUCGCAGCACGUCGUCGACUACACGGUCCUCGAUCCCACCAAACUGUUGUUGACCAACAACAACUUUUACAUGGACUCAUACUGUGGUGGCGGUGGCGGCGGUUCAGAAUCCAGCAACAACAACAACAACAACAACAACAACAACAACAAUAACAAUAACAACGACGACGAUCACCACACUGCCGUAGCCGCUGCUGCGUUCAAUGAGUUUCAACUGAACGCUGUUGACAUUCAUUCUUGGUCGCAGGCCAUCGAUCAGUGAAUUUGGCGAUCACCAGUCGUCAGAUAUUCAUUGUACAAUUGUAUAUAUGAAUACUAUGUAUAGAGUGGAUCGCGCAAAUGGGAGGACUUGCGAAAAUUUUUCAUAAUUUGAACCUUCGUCACAUGAUGGUGUGUACCGCUGUAUAUAUGUAAAUAAUAAAAAGGUGUAUUUCGUAAUGAAAUUUUGUUUAAGAGCGUGAAAUGUUUGUAAAAUUAGUAAUUUUAUCAAUAGCGUAUUUUCAUUUUGA